UUACGUAAUGCAGGGGUAGAAAUAAAUCUUUCACAUUAGUUUCACAUCAAAUAAGAUAUACCCAGUGCAUUUUCAGCGUGAUGUUCGAUAUAAAUCAUUAUUGGAUCAAAUGAUAUAAGUUCAGUCUCGUGUAUGUGUUCAUGGUUUGUCAAAUAUUAUCACGAUUUACAUAAGAUCUGUAAACAUAAAAUGAGAAAAUUAUUGAUGAAUGUAUUACAUUCAGUAAAAGAAGAUACAUUUCUUAAUUGUUAAAAUUCUCGACACACGUACCUCAUUCUAUUGACAUAUUAUUUGACGUAUUAUUUUACAAAAGGAUAGGUGAAAAUUCACCAUUGCGUUAACUGAAGCCUCUUUCGGAAACCUGCGACAAUUGACAGUGUUGCUUUAAAUUCAAGAAGGUUUAAUUUAGACGGAAAUUUCGACAUUCUCAAUAGCAGGACAAAGAAAAAUGAGAGUGUGUUUUUAUAUGAACAGGAACGUGAAUAUAGUACUCUUGGUUGUAUUAGUGCUGAUGUUCCUUAUAAUAUCUCGCGAAUAUGUUGGGAGAAGUAUCAAGAAAAUAUUGAGCAAAGCGGUAAAUAACGACACCUUAGCAGCACCCUCACUAGCAUCGUAUCUAAGCAGACAGAAAUAUUUAGUUCUUUAUUACAAUCCCUCAACCUUUGUAAGUACAAAUCUCAAAUAUGCUAUGCCAUGUAAUUUUGAGAAAUGUGAAUGGAAUAACUGUGAACUAACGUUCGAUAAAAAUGAUGCCAGGGGAAGUGACGCUGUAAUUUUUGAUGGAAUGUAUAUUCCGAAGAAACUAAAUUUUACAAGACCAAACGGACAAGUUUGGAUAUUUGCUGCCCACGAAUCUCCACAAAUGUAUCACAUCGGAAAAAACUGGUGGUAUAAAAAUAAUUACGCCUUCAAUUGGACAAUGACUUAUGAUAAAGAUAAUACAGACAUUUACUUUCCAUAUGGAGAAAUAAGAAAAAGUAAGGUGCAUGUUCAUCGAUAUUUCGAGACAGUGGCUAGGAACAAGAAUAGUACGCGGCCCCUGAUGAUAGCGUCACACUGCACAACAAACGCUAAACGACAGCAAUAUGUCAAAGAACUUAAUAAACAUAUCAAUUUAACCAUAUUAGGUCGCUGUGGCAGGUUAUGGAAUUGUGGUAAACGUUUCCGUCAUGAUGAAUUUUGUUUUCGAAUUUUGAACAGAACAUAUUUAUUCUAUCUCGCAUUUGAGAACGCUUUCUGUCACAACUAUUUUACAGAAAAGUUUUUUGAAAAUUUUAAUUAUGACACAAUCAUGAUAACACGUGGUGGCCUUCCUGGAGAUGCAAAACGACUUUUUCCUGAAGGUUCCUAUAUUUCUACGGAUGACUUCAAGACCGCCAAAGACCUUGCUAUGUACUUGAGAAGUCUUACAGUCGCCGACAUAGUGAAACUGUUACAAAGGAAGAACCAGUUUUAUUCCACUGGAUAUAAACCUGUUUACCAAAGAGCAUUUUGUGACAUCUGCUACAGAAUGAAUUUUCAAAAGAAAUUUGAAAAAACUAUUCAAGAUAUGAAGAAAUGGGCCUUUGAUUCGAAACCGUGUCUUCACCCUAAAGAAGUGAAAGACAUUAGUUAGAUAUUAGUCAUUAAGCUUAAUAAUGAAACUAUAUAUCAUCUGAAAUGCAUAGAAGAUGAUUGGUUGUCCAUGUAUUUACUUCUACUUUAAAUGUGUUCCCUUCGAACAUUCUGUUUUUUGGAGAUAAAAUGAGUUUAAUAGUGUUAAAACGAUAACCAUUGAUAAGGCGGUUCAUUUGCGGAUGUAUGUGUAUGUGUGUGUCGGUGUGUGCGUUGGUGCGUGCGUGCGUUCGUGUGUGCAUACGUGUGUGUGUGUUUGUUCAAGAAGCAUUCAAUGGACCAGUACGAGGCAAUCGACCAACCGCCUACCGCCCGAGGACUUACACACGGGUCCACAUAUGUUUUUCUUCGAUUUAGCUUCGAUGCUAAUAUUUCUGUUGUUCCUUCAACAAUUUGGAAGUUCUCAUUUUCAUAGGUCAUACAGGAGUUCAUACACACCAUAUACGAAAUUUAUUACUAUCACGUGAUGAGAAGUGUAAAAUUUAACCUAAUGAGUGAUAGAGUAACGUUUACGGUUAUCUGAUUUGUAAAUAUUUUCUCAAACAAGCGGCUAUUUUGAAUCACGACUGUCAGAUAAAAGUUUUUUUUUUAUUUUCCUAAAAGGACCAUUUAACGUAAUGAAAAGCAUUAAAUUGCGUCGGGAGAAGGUGCAGUAGGUUUUGUUUAAGCAAAAACGUACAAAGGUUACGAUUCAAAUGUAGACUAUUGUACAUUUCACCACUUUGUUUAUUUCUUGGACCUUCAAGGCAAAAAAAUAAAGUGCAUAUGCAAGUGCUCUGAGAGUAGCUGUAUUUUUAAUUAAAAACAAAAUCAGCAGAUCUAAAGGGUGUUUUUGUAAACGUUAUUAAGGAUAAGCACAAAGGUGUUUGUGAUUAUUGUUGUUGUUGUUGUUUAAUUUAGAUGUUGUUUUGAUAUUUUGUAUUCAUUUUUUUUUGCUGCAAUAACAAAACGAUUCGUCCCCAUUACGGCUCGCCCUAGUAUUCAAUUAGUUUUAGCUUAUUAAGUAUAAUAUAUUUUAUUUGUUAAGAAAUGUCUUUGUUUUGGGUACAUCUUGGAGAAGAAAAUUAAAAAUAUGAACACACAAUUCAGCUUUAAUCAUUCUGUAUGGUAAAUUUUGCUUUUUAUUUUUAUUCCCUGGUUAAAGUAUACGAUUCAUCCCCAUUUUGAUAGGUUUAAAAACAUUUAAUAACUUAAUACAAUUUAUUAAUGAAUUUUAAAUUUUGAAAAGUCAGAAACUUUGUAUGCAUUAAACAAAUUUCUAUUUUGAGUUUGUUUUUCUAUAUAAGUGGAAUUAUAAGUAGCUUCUUUUCCUUCAUAGCAAGAUUUAAAAAAAAAAAUAAAGCAUAAUCUAAGUAUCAAGGUGAAGCUGUGACAGCCACACAUAAGGUCAAAUGAUAAUAUCCACAUUUAUGUUUCAUCAUAAGCAUUUUAAUUAUCGAUAUGAUUUAAAAUUAUCAAAUUAUCACCAUCAUUGGACAGUAGUUUUAAUGCAUAAUGCGUCAUGUGCGAAAUAAUUACCACGCACCUUUAUUUGCUGCUUUAAAUGGCAUAAUAGCGCAUAUGAAAAUGCUGAAGUAUUUUUCGAAUUUACAGUUGUUUAUUAAUUAAAAUGUUUUCUUUUCAUUUUAGUUUGUCAGAAUAUCUUCUGUUAACAUACUUGUACUUGUGAUUCAUGGAG